GUGCGCUCAGGACGGUCGCGAUUCGCGCCUCUUUUGGAGAAACAAAAUCGCCACGUGGAGGCUGCGCUUUUUGUGUCCGGCGAACUUGAAGCGCGGGGAUCUGCCCGCGCUCCUCCCUUUUGGGGCCUGACUUCUUGCUGAGUUGAGCGGAGCAUGCAGCAGCGGAGCGUGCUCGACGUUCCUAAGACUGCAGGGCAGAAGCAGCUCACACCUGUGAGCUGCUCCCGAGUUCUGCAGUCAGCCCGGCGCGUUCUUUGGAGCGGCUGCUUUUAUUACGCACUGGGAAAAGGGAGGAGAAAGGCAAUUUCAUCGUCACUUCACAGAGCCGAGCAGGCAUAAAAAGACCGCGCUCUCGCUCUUGCGCCUGGGUAGCUUUCCACACUGGCUCAUGGAAGACUGACUGAGAGGCAGGCAGGCACCUGAACCUGGUAGUCAGUGCGUCAAGGAGGACGGGCAGCAGAGGCUCUCGGCUAACUCGUGCUUUGUUUUCCGAGGCGUCGCCUGCUCGCUCGGAACAGACAAUGGGAAUUCAGCCCGAAAAUGGCAAAGCUCCGAGAAUCGCGAACGACCCUCAGCGUUUCAGCACCUGCUCCGGCAACAUCUUCUGUAACAUUAAGGUGUUUGUGGCUUGCCAUGGCCUGCUGCAGCUGUCCCAGCUCCUCUACAGCGCCUACUUCAAGAGCAGCCUGACGACCAUUGAGAAACGCUUUGGCCUCUCCAGUUUGUCCUCUGGCUUUAUUUCUAGUUUACAUGAGAUUGGCAAUGUUGUCCUCAUCAUCUUUGUCAGCUAUUUUGGCAGUCGAGUUCACCGGCCUAGGAUAAUCGGCCUUGGAGGCCUGCUGUUGGCUCUGGGAGCUUUCCUCCUGACUCUUCCACACUUCCUCUCAGCCCCAUAUGAAUACUCUGGAGCACAAGUCCGUAACCAGAGCAGCAGCAUCAGAUCUGAAAUUUGCAACAAAGAGAAUUCAUUUAUGUGUCCAAAUUCCACUCUGAAAGUCCAGGUAGAGGCCAGCACAAUGUGGGGAAUAAUGGUAUUUGCUCAACUAUUGGCAGGAAUUGGGACAGUCCCCAUUCAGCCUUUUGGGAUCUCUUAUGUGGAUGACUUUGCUGAAGUAAACAACUCUCCUUUGUACAUAGCCAUCUUAUUUGCCAUUGCAGUAUUUGGCCCGGCUUUUGGUUACUUGCUUGGCUCUGCAACGCUGCAGAUCUUUGUGGACUUUGGGAGAGUUGACCUGAGCCAUGUGAACUUGAAGCCAGGAGACCAGCGCUGGAUUGGAGCGUGGUGGUUGGGGCUUCUCAUUUCCUCGGGUUGCUUGCUGCUCACAUCCAUCCCCUAUUUCUUCUUCCCUCGAUGUAUGAUCAAAGGGAAGGUAACAUCUGAAGUGGACAUCCUAAAGAAGAUUGAGAAGGCUAAGGCAGAGGAAGGGUCACUGGGAGAAUUUAUUAAAAAGUUCCCUCAAGGCUUCCUAAGGCUACUUCUCAAUCCAUUCUUCAUAAUGCUGGUCGUAGCCCAGUGCAGCUUCUCCUCUGUCAUUGCCGGCCUCGCCACCUUCCUCAACAAGUACCUGGAGAAACAGUUUGGUGCCAGCCCCUCCUAUGCAAAUUUCCUCAUAGGAGCUGUGAACUUGCCUGCAGCUGCUCUAGGAAUGCUCUUUGGAGGCAUCAUCAUGAAGCGCUUUGGUUUCUCCCUCAAAGCCAUCCCACGGUUUUCCAUAAUUGUGCUGAUUUUCUCCACACUCUGCUGCCUCCCUCUCUUCUUCAUGGGCUGCUCCACACAGAAAGUGAAUGGAAUUCAUAGCACAUCAAGUUCCCUGACAGAGGAUCAGUGCAACAAAAAGUGUUUCUGCUCAGAGUUUCUCUUCCACCCAGUCUGUGGAGAUGAUGGUGUCGAAUACUUCUCUCCCUGCCAUGCUGGCUGCACCAGUGUCUCUAAUUCUUCCAUAACCAAGGUUUCAAUCUACACAAACUGCUCCUGCAUCCACUCUAAGGAGAAUUCCGCAAAGACUGGAUCCUGCCCACUCAGCUGUGCCCAUUUGCUUCUGCCCGUGAUAUUCCUCAUCUCAUUUGCAGCACUGGUUGCCUGCCUGUGUCACAACCCUCUAUACAUGAUGGUGUUACGGGUGGUGACUUAUGAUGAAAAGUCGUUUGCCAUCGGAGUCCAGUUCUUGUUGAUGAGAUUGCUUGCCUGGCUGCCAGCUCCUGCCCUCUUUGGCGCUGUUAUCGACUCUUCCUGUAUCUCAUGGAGGAAACAAUGCAACAAGCACGGAUACUGCACUUACUAUGACAAUGAUAUGCUCCGCAGCAGGUACCUCGGUCUCCAAGUGGGUUACAAAAUCUUUGGCAUUCUGCUGUUAACGUUAAUCAGCUGGAGACUGACAAAGAGCAAGGAAUACAACGUGCAAGACAAAUCUGCUCGCCUAGUGUAGCUCUGCGCUGCCAGAAGACCCCUCUCGGGCGCCAUUUUGUACCAUGCUUGUAUAUUUACUAGCAGUACUUAGCCUUUGUGGCUUUAAAAAAAAAAAAAAACACCAAUAAGGGAACAAUUUCAUAUUAGCAGCUGAACUUCAAACUCCCAUAUAUCAGUUCCUGCUGGGUGUACCUUGGCUAAAUGGACAUGCCCAUGCUGGUAAACAGAGACUAAACUGGACUCCUGGUAACCCAAGCAACUGGGCCAAGGGCCACUUGGUGUUGAAGAGCCAAUGCAGCCAACUAAACUCUGCUAGAGGAAGUCACCAUGAAAGCUGCAGUGGGCCUAGGAAAGAGGUACCCAGCAAGCCAUAGCAAGAGAAUCCAUCUUUGGGAUUGUAUGUACAUACUGUGCAGCCAUCUUGACGUCUUGUUGUCCUUAGAUGGUUUAGACAGUUGGAAGAAAGACACACUAAUCUUUUGAAAAACGUCAAAGUUGUGGGAAUAGCAAGUGACAGCUGGUGUGAGAGCAGGGUGAGUAACUUGGAAGUCAAGCAGUGAGCAAUCCUGUUUCCCAGCAGCUCCCUUGCACUGAUGGGAUCUACUGAGUGUUGUAUCAUGUCAAGAUUGACAUAGUGUGGAACCAGAGGAGUGGGGAAGUCAUCACUUUUUGAAACAGCAUCACUUCUUGACUCGAUCUGCUCCACUUUCAUGCCUUCUCUCUUCUCCCCCAUUACACAGGUCAGAGUGAACAUCCUCCACUCAGUGUAUAAAGUUAAUUGUUAUGAUAUAUUGGAUUUUUAAAUUAAAGGAACUUUUUCCAGUU